CCCAUUUUCAGCGUGGACAACAUGAGCCAACCUGCGAGUGACACUGGGUGGGGCAUGCUGCAGUAGCGCGGUCAACGGAGUGUAUGGAUGAGACCAUCCCCGGUCCACAUUUACCAUGAUAGGUUCCAGAAGGGGUCCGGCGAUCUCACCCCUGGCGGACGCUCCUCUCUUGUCCAAUGGUCAACCUAAACCUUCCCCCAAUACACCGUAUUUUCCACCUUCCGAUACAUCAACGUAUAGAGACCUGCUCUUGUUCGAGGAGAGGCUGAAGAUGAAUGCGGAGAUGUUGAGGAGACGUCGGAGGAGGUAUGCGGCAUUCCUCUGGACAUUUGUCACUGCGUUGUUGUAUUUGGCCCAUUGGCUAAUCUUCCUGCCUCCAGCUACGAUGCUCAGUCUGCGCGCGUUACAAGCCACCGUCGCUGUCGUGUUCAUCACCCUCGCUCUCUUCUUCGCCAGUGGCAUGUACGAGGAAAAGAUACGCUAUGCGCAUAGCUAUAUCAAUCACUCCAACCGCGGCCUCCGACAACUCAACAUGCAUCUCAAUAUGAGACGGCAGAGACCUCCCCUUCCAGCCUUUUUACCUGAAUUUCUUCGUCCAGCUCCCGUCAUCAAACCUCCCUCUCACCUGCCUUCCAAGCCAUUCAAUGGAUCCACCAUAGCAUCCAGGAGACCAUCCCACAACGCUACUGUCAUGGCGCAGAUCCCACCUUCCAGCAAUCCUCGUGGAGAACUCAUCUUCUCCUCCAGAGUCGAUAAGGGGUUCAGGGAAGGGUAUGAAAGGUAUAGAGCUGCGUUCGAAAGGAGACGAGAGGAGAAAGCAAGGGAAGAAGCGAGACGGAAUCGAAAAUUGUGGUUCAGGAGAAAGGCUCUCAAUGAGACACCCAUCAAUCGAAUCAUGACCCCUACUCCGCCUGCUUCGAGACGAAACACACCUCCUCCCGGAGUCAAUGGGGCAACUUCAGCAGCUUCAUCAGGCACCGUUCCGGGAGUUAGACGAGGCAGAUCACCCAGUCCUGGUCCGAGCUCUCUAGGCAAGGUCGAGGCAAACGGGCAGCAGAAUGACGGAGCCAGUUCCCGUAGGAGUAGGUCCAACUCGGAAGGCAAUAAGUAUAUGACAUGAUUGGAGUGUACGAGAUGGCAUUUGUAUCUAUAUGCAUGGCAAAAA